AUGGUUUCAGAAUGCCAUCAAGCGUGGCUGAGUCAAGCUCUUCUUCUGAUGAGAGCGAAAAACGUUCUCGCUCAGAGAGUAGCAAUCGAAGUGUUCCUUUCCGCUAUCGCAAGCAUGCUGGAUCACGAGAUGCUUCGCCUAAAUCUACUUCCAUGUCUCCUGAAAGAAAUCGUAAUCGGCAAAGGUAGGAGUCGUGGUAAUUUGUAUCGUUUGGUACUGCCUGGUCAAGUGGUGCUUUUCUUUUCGUUCGAUCGCGUUUGUUAG